AUGAUCUGUGAUCGAAGCCAUCAAAACCUCACAAAUUCACAGUGCAAUUACGUCGGCCUUGGUUGUGUUGCACCCAUGGCCAAGCGACCUGUGGCUGCGGUACGUCACGUUGUGGUAGGCCCCCACACCAACAGCUGGCCCCCGGGUGCCUCGCACAGAGUUUCCUCAUUGCGCCGCUGGCUCUUACGGCCAUCCGGCUGCACGCGCAACAUGACGAAGACAUGGGAUGAAGUUCGGGAAGAGAUCUGCAGGCUCUAUGGUGAAGGCCACUCGCUUGAACACAUCAGAAAGACACUGUGUAGACAACGACACUUUGAGGCUUCAAUCAGAGCAUUCCGACUGAAAUUAAAAGCCUGGAAGGUGAAGCGCUCAGACACUGCUUCUGCCCAGAAUACUACUCAGCAUUCCUUCACUAAUGCUGUGUCUGGCUCGAACAGAUCUUCAUCACCUGGGACCGACCGAUCUCUGCGUUUUGGCAAUGCUCACUUGUCCUCACCGUCUGUCUCUGGACAGGUGCAAGGAAUAACUGGCGAACAUAGGUCGCUUGAAGACCUGUACAUUCAGCUUCGCCUGUACAUUCAGAUUCGGAGUUCCAAUCCUGAACGUUCUUGGCAAGAAGAAGUUUUAAUUCUUCAUGACUUUGUAGACGGGACGACGAGCAUACUUCAUUUCGCCGUCAAAGAGCCAGACUCGGAGGAAAACACCACACUUAUAGAGCGUUUGCUUCUCCACAUCCACGACCACGAGAUUGAUGUAGAUACCAGAGACCGAGAAGGCCGGACGGCUCUCGAACUCGCUAUACGCAAAGACUCUUCCUCCUUGACGAGACUCCUUCUGGACCAUUGUGCGGACGUGAACCAAACAGACAGUCAGGGAUACACGCUACUCCACAUCGCACUUAAAACCGCCGCCUCACCUGCUACGUUGCACCUUUUGCUCAGAAGAGGAGCAGAUCCGAACACUUGCCUACCCACAACGGAAAAGUUCAGAACGGCCUUAGAAUGGCUCGCGAGCGAUUCGGGCCAGCUACGACCCGCUGCGCACAUAGGCUAUUUGACAUAUUUUGAGAUCGUGGGUGCUCUGCUGGAACACGAAGCUGGCUGGAGUACGAAUGAGCUUAAAGAUAUCCUUGGAAUCUUCGUCGAUUAUUGGAUUGUCUCAGCGGGUUCACCCCAGCUGUUCGAGACAGCAGAGACCGUGCUACGUACCUACUUGGAAGCUGGGCUCGACCCUGGUAGCAUCAAUUGUCCAUCAUGGGCAAAAUCCCGGCGCGGCUGCAUAUAUCUGUCAGUGCUUGACUUCGCUGCGUUGCAUUCGCCGAAUCCAACCCUGGCUUUGUUCAUCGUCAGGAAUACCAAAUCCGCAAAACAUCUUCGGUCCCUCGUGAAAGAUCUCCUAGAUCCUUUUUGUCUUGAUACCGCCAGACUAUGA